UUCUCAAAGAGCUCCAAUAAAGUGGAAUAGCUCAACAAAUACAAUCAAAGUCGAUAAGAAAUUACUCUCAGACAACAAGUCGAAGACGAAGCAGCUUGCAUCUGUACAUGUAGCUGUUAAUACGACACAUAUUUCGACAUAUUUACGAACAAGAUAUGAUUACAAGUCGAGCUCCCAAACAGUGGGCCCUGACAAAGCAGGAAACUAUCACUUCAUACGAAGCCUGGCGCCAAAAUCUUCAAUACACCCUUGCCUUAGACCACAACUUCGCCGUAUUUUUACUCGAAGACACAACAUAUACGCAUGGCUGCGAAAGACUUCUACGGCCCCACUACGUGGUCUCGGAAACGACGGCGAAGACGUUCCAGAAGCCAGCCGACGUACAGCCGCCCAAAAGCUAACUCACUUGGAGUUAAUGCUCGGCCAAGUAGCCAAUUAUUGUCCCGUCAUUGCACGAAACACAAUCGUUAAGAACUCAACAUCUAUGAGUACAAUUUGGCAAGCAAUUCGUGCACAUUAUGGCUUUCAGUCCACCGGGGCACAUUUUCUCGAUUUUAAUAACCUUCGUUUACAGCCUGACGAGCGCCCUGACGAUUUAUAUCAGCGACUUCUGAGUUUUAUCGAUGACAAUUUACUCACAGCUAAUGGUAAUAUCCGACAUCACGGCGAAGACGUUUCCACGGACGAAGAAUUAACACCCUCGCUUGAGAACAUAAUU